AUGCCUCGGAUUAAUACUAUAUUGUUUUCCUUGUUCGUGGUGCUUUGGUUGGGGGUAACGGGACAGCUAACCAGCGCUAUCAGCCUUUUCCCGAAAUGUGGAGGUGAUGAAAGGGUUGCAUCAGCUAUGGCGAACAAAACAACCACCCUUUAUACUUUCAGCAAGCCUGUUCGAAGCCUUUCCCUAGACUGCUUUGCAAGCGAGGUGUCUAGUGUCAAAGGUGGGCAAAAUUCUAUGGGAAAAAAUAAGGUUAUCGAUUACUGUGCAAUUGACUCUCAGACGGAGUAUAGCUACAACCUCGCGGUGCGGGCAACCUAUAAAGAUGAAAAAGGCGUGGAACAGAUUUCUGACUUUUCCAUUAAGGAUAUUAGUACCGGCUCUUUGAUCAAACCCACCUUCCGAAUGCCGGUGCCAAGCGUCUUUUCUAUCGUGUUCACCAACCUUGCGUCCAAUGACCGUUGUACAUUAAGUAUCAAUGCUAUAUUUAAUUAUACUGAGAAUGUUGAUCCUGAAGAAGACAAAGGGACUGAGCCGAUACCAGCACUGGUUGCUGUGCGGCCACCCGUUGUCUACCCUCUAAAAAAUAAUAGAACCUUUUUCGUGCUACAAUACCCCAAGAAUGUCACGUCAGCCUACGCAUCAACGGCCCUGGUGAAGCUGGUGAAUCCAGAGAAUAACUGUCAGGAACUCUGUCCUGCAAGUUACAUGGACUACACUACGGAACUUCCGAACGGAUAUGUUCCUCUCAGCCCUUCGCAGAGUUAUUAUGCGCGUGCGUACACCUUCUACAACCUCGGAAGCUACAGGGUCUGCUAUCAGGCAAACGGUGGAGCGGUGGGACGAGAGCUGGGCAUUGUUACAGUUUUCAGUGGCAAUCCUAUCUAUUAUGAUACAUAUAUUUUUACGGAAGACAAUACCAUUUACACUAGUGAACCAUUCAUAAUAAAGUUUUGUGGUUAUGACCUCGACACCAGGACGAAUGGUGACAUGAGUAAGCUUGUGGAUGACACUGACUCGUGCAAAGAUGGCGCGCCAUCGGCUGGAUUGCCAAUCAAUACUAAUCUCUAUCCUAAGAACAAUUUCGGUCCGAACACCACCUACGCUUUUUGGACUGUGGUAACCAAAAAAUCUGGUUCCUAUAAGGUGUGCUACAAACGCCGUGGAGAGGAAUGGACGGAGAUUCCCAGUAUCCAUAUCGCCUGGCCGCAAGUUGGACCUACACAAAAUUCUACACCCACAUCGUUUCCGAUUCCCAUCGACCCUGUUACAAAAGAAGCUUGUCCGACGGCGCCGACGGGUGGUGAUCCUUGGGUUGACUAUUCUAGCUUGAGGUUUAAGAUGAGAAAGAGGAAGCCCAUGGAUGUGUUCGCGAACAUGAUCGUAAACCUCUUCUGUGUACCGCGCUCGGCGUUCACAAUAAUUCGUAUGACGCAUGACAUUGAUGGGCAACAAGUUGUAUAUGUCGUUUUUGCAUGCUCUGGAGUCUUGUUGAAAGAUGGCCGUCCUGCUUGCGAUAGCAUAGAGCGCAGCAACUAUGCCGUGACACUUAGUAAGGUUAAUUCUACGCUUCUGCAGGUCAAUGACAUCGAUGAAAUUUCAGGCAGCACAUCCAUGGCUAUCGCUGGUGAUGACCCUGAUGUCUCACCACGCGUCAGGAGUUUUUUGUCUACGUUGAUCAUUUGUAUUACUGUACUUGCAUGUUCUGGAAUGUUGCUGUUUGCGGUCCUAAAAUACCGUGAGCGUCGCCAGUACUUUGUACAGUUUGGGAUGGAUGACGACGGCAUCGACGACAUGUAUAUUCCAGCGAUGAUGCCUGCAGGUAUGGAUGGAACCGGCCACCAUGACACCAACCCCCCCCCCCUCUCAAGAUCUGGAUGCGAAUUCAAUGAGAGAUAUUCGAAAAAAAGUGAACAAAUAGUCUAAAAACACUGCAGCCUUCUGAAGGGGAUCGGGAGAAAGUCUUCCUGAUACGUUAUCAUGGUGAAGAUAACAACAAUGAUAUGCUUUUCUAUGCUUAUUAUUUCUACUAGUGAUAUUUUUUGAUUUCCAUUUUCGUAUUUGUUCCAUCAUUGAAGUGGAGGAGGGAGAGGGUAAACCCUAUGCACAUAGUCAUAGCCUAUGCAGAAAAAGGGUACUUCCUCCAUGUUGUAUCCAUUAUCGAUGUGUGAAUGAGUCGAUAAUAUCAAAUGCAUCCGCACAAUAGGUAGAAUUGGAGUUUUAAAAGGGAUGACUAGAUCUACCUAGUAGGUUUCUAUUCCAUAGGCCGAACUCUUGAGUCUCAAAGUAUUAUUAUAGU